AUGGAAACCAUCGACGUCCAUUCCAAGUCCUUCGUCGUAAAGUGGAUUCAGAUACCGGAUCAUUCCACUGUGAUUUUCCAAUUGAAACCAAUCAAAAGAUCAAUCAAUUUUAGUAUUUAUAGAUCAUUAACUUCAGAAACUUAUGCUUCAAAUCAAAAUUCACCUCAUUUAAAACCAGUGGAUGAUCAUCAACAUGGUCCUAGUGGCAUAAUUGAUGAAUCAAAUAAUAGUUCAUCCACUUCAUUAAACAGGAAAAGAUCAAAUUCAGUAUUAUCUUUAGAAGAGAAAUUAAAACAAUCUUCAAUGUUAAAAUUUAAUUCUUAUGGUACUUUAAAUGGUAAUCAAUUAUUUAAAAAUGAAAUUAAAGUUGAGAAAGGUGGUAUGUUUGCUUUUAUAUUUGAUAAUACAUUUGCUAAAAGUUAUUCCAAGAAAGUUUUAUUCAAUAAAUUCUUUAUUGAAUCAGAUAAUGGUAUAUCAUCAAGAAGACCAACUUUAACUUCUUCAUCAUCUUCAAUAAAUUUACCAAAUCCUGGUCAAUUACAUCCUAAAAAGGGUCAAUAUUUACAAGGUUAUCUCCUCAAGAAGAAGAGAAAAAAAUUACAAGGUUUUACCAAAAGAUUCUUUAUAUUAAAUUUUAAAUAUAAUACUUUAAGUUAUUAUAUAAAUGAAUCUUCUUUGAAAACUAGAGGUGAAAUGCCAGUUAAUUUAUCUACAAUUUCUGCAUUUAAAGAUGAAAAUACAUUUAUUAUUGAUUCAGGGAUGGAAAUUUGGACUUUGAAAACUUUAAAUAAAGAAGAUUGGGAUAAUUGGACAAAUGCUUUAAAUUUUAUAAAAUUUAAUAGUAAUGUUAGUACUGGUCCAAAUACUGGUAUAAGUAGUCAAAAUAUUAAAAAAUUAACACCAAUUGAAUCACAUGAUCCACAUUUAAAUCCAUUAGAAUCAAUUGAUUUACAAAUUGAUAAAAUUUCAAAUAAUUUAAAUGAAAAUGAAAUACAAACCACUAAACUACAAUUAAAUGAAUUAUCAUUAUACGUUAAAUCUCUAUUAUCACAGAAUAAAUCCAAUGAUCAAAAAGCACAACCAUUUGCAAAAGAAUUAAGUCCAACUGGAACUUCAAUUUUCAGUCAAGAAUUCUUUGAUGCUCAAGAUUUUAAAAAUUUUAAUAUAAAUCAUGAUAAUAAUAUUACAAUUGAUGAUAAUUUAGAUUAUGAUUAUGAAUUUGAUGAUUUAGAUGAUGAUGAUAUUGAUAAUCAUGUCAUCUUAUUACCAGCUUCCAAUAACAAUAGAAAUUCAAAAUUAAAAUCUUUAAGAAAUCCAAGUUUCCAAGUUGAUGAUGCAUCAAGUUCUUCAUCAUCAAAUGUUUCACUAACAACUGAAUUAGAAACUUCUAAAACCCUUGAUUUGAAUGAUGAUAAUGAUGAUUUAACUCCAUUACCAAUAAAUGAAACUAUUAAAAGAAGAAAUGAUAUACCAAAUUCAAAUACUUCACCACAAAGUUUAUUUACAUUUUUAAGGAAAAACGUUGGUAAAGAUUUAUCAUCAAUUUCAAUGCCUGUUACUUCAAAUGAACCUAUAACUAUAUUACAAAAAAUUGCAGAAUCAUUUGAAUUUACUCAAUUAUUAGACCAGGCUUCCCUUGAAUCACAACCUGACGUCAAAAUUUUAAAAAUUGCAACUUUUGCUAUAUCAAACUUAAGUAGUUCAAGAGUUAAAGAAAGAAAUUUAAGAAAACCUUUUAAUCCAAUCUUGGGUGAAACUUUUGAAUUAAUUAGAGAAGAUUUAGGUUAUAGAUUUAUUGCAGAAAAAAUUAAUCAUAAACCUCAAAUUUUUGCAAUUAAUUGUGAAUCUUUAAAUUGGGAGAUUUCAUUUUGUUUAAAUCCCGAACAAAAAUAUUGGGGGAAAUCAAUGGAAUUAAUAAAUAAAGGUAUUGUUACUUUAAGAUUUAAAAACUCGGGAGAAAUUUAUAAAUGGCAUCAACCAAAUACAAUGUUAAAAAAUAUAAUGGCUGGUGAAAAAUAUACAGAACCAAUAAAUUCUGUUACAAUUUCUUCAUCAGUUGGUCUUAAGGCUAUUGUGGAAUUUAAAAAACCAACAGGUGGAUUUUUCAAUCAAGCAAAAUCUGAAGAAUUAAUAAUUAAAGUUAUUGGUAAUGGAUCUAAUCAUCAUGUCUUGGGGAAAUGGACAGAAUCAUUAUCACUUAUAAAUGAUCAAAAUAAAUCUUCUCAAAUAAUAUGGUCUGCAUCUGAAUUAAUUAAAAAUUAUGAAUUAAAAUAUGGUUUUACAAAAUUUACAUCAAAUUUAAAUCAAAUCACAUCAAUUGAAGAUGGUUUUAUACCAAAAACUGAUUCAAGAUUUAGACCUGAUGUUAAAUCAUAUGAAUCUGGUGAUUUCAAUAAAGCUGAAACUUUAAAAUUACAAAUUGAACAAAGACAAAGAGAUAAAAGACAAGAAUUAGUUGAAAAAAAUCAAAUACAUAAACCUAAUUGGUUUAAAAAAAUUGGUGAUGAUGAAUUAAAUUAUGAAUUAAUUAAAGGUGAUCAAAGUUAUUGGAAUAAAAGAAAAAAUCAUGAUUGGAAUGAUAUUGAAGAACUUUGGUAA